GAGCAGUCUAUAUAUAGGCUCCCAUGCCCAACAGAAUGCCAUGUGCACCCUAGGUCCGAAAUAAAAUUGUUACUUGUUAGCCACAACCUCUGCAAUCCUUAGCUGAAUAUUUAUAAAUGAUUCUAGUAAUAAGGUUUUAUUGUUAUGCUCAAUGACUAAGUUACUUGAGGUUUUGUUCUACAAGCCGUUCGGCUAUUUGGAUACCAAAAUACGCCAAAUUUGUUUUCCUGCGCAAAAUCAUAGGUGCUUCUUGAAUCUGAAUGCGCUUUAUUUUUUAAAAGAAGGAAAAUGCUCCCUGCGCCACACUUGGUCUUUACACGCCCAGGUGGCUGUUGGCAGAGCUGAGGACUACUGCGCCCUCUGCGAUUUUUCCAAACUAGACCAAGGGCAGCAGGCCUUCAAGUCCCACCUUUCGCAGCGCGCGGCUGCCUUUGUUCGUCUCUGUAGCCAAUGGCGAGCACACAUUUCACACCCGAGGCGGCAGCGGGUGAGUCACCCUCCGCAGACUCUGUCGGGCUCCGUGCGCAGCCGCCUCGCCCGCGCCGCCGGGGAAGCGGCUGCGGCACACGCGGUAGCGAGGAGUGGGGACGGCCGUUCCCACCGGCCCGAUCUUGGUUCCCAUGGACGCGGACUGGCGCCUGCCCCGGGCGCCCGCGCGCCUUCGCCGCGCUUAUUGCAGGAGUGGCCAGGACAUCCUCUUUCAGAAGUAAUGCCCACAGAAAGCGGGAGCUGUUCAGCUGCUCGCCAAGCAAAACAGAAACGCAAAUCUCAUAGCCUUUCCAUCCGAAGAACUAACAGCUCGGAGCAGGAGCGGACGGGCCUGCCGAGGGAAAUGUUAGAGGGACAGGAUUCUAAACUGCCUUCCUCGGUUCGCAGUACGCUUCUGGAAUUGUUUGGUCAAAUAGAAAGAGAAUUUGAAAACCUUUAUAUUGAAAACUUAGAAUUGCGCAGAGAAAUCGAGACUCUUAAUGAACGUCUGGCUGCUGAAGGACAGGCGGUCGACGGGGCGGAGCUGAGUAAGGGGCAGCUCAAGACGAAAGCCGGCCACAGCACCAGCCAGCUCUCGCAGAAGCUGAAGACCACCUACAAGGCCUCCACCAGCAAGAUCGUCUCCAGCUUUAAGACCACCACAUCGCGGGCCGUGUGCCAGCUCGUGAAGGAGUACGUUGGCCACAGGGAUGGCAUCUGGGACGUCAGCGUGGCAAGGACAGCGCCUGUGGUGCUGGGGACCGCGUCUGCUGAUCACACGGCUCUGCUGUGGAGCAUCGAGACCGGGCGGAGCCUCGCCAGGUACACGGGCCACGUGGGGUCAGUGAAUUCCGUAAAAUUUCAUCCAUCUGAGCAGCUGGCUCUCACCGCAUCUGGAGAUCAGACUGCUCAUGUCUGGAGGUACGCGGUCCAGCUGCCCACUCCUCAGCCCGUGGCCGACACGAGUCAGCUGUGUGGCGAGGACGAGGUGGAGUGCUCCGAUAAGGACGAGCCUGACGCAGACGCGGAUGCGCCCAGCGACUGUCCCACCAUCCGGGCGCCGCUGACGUCUCUUAAGAGCCACCAGGGCGUGGUCAUCGCUGCCGACUGGCUGGUCGGGGGGAAGCAGGCGGUGACGGCCUCCUGGGACAGGACGGCGAACCUGUACGACGUGGAGACUUCGGAGCUCGUCCACUGCCUGACAGGCCACGACCAGGAGCUGACGCACUGCUGCACGCACCCUACCCAGCGGCUGGUGGUGACCUCCUCCCGCGACACGACCUUCCGCCUGUGGGACUUCAGGGACCCGUCCAUCCACUCCGUGAAUGUCUUCCAGGGCCACACAGACACCGUGACCUCGGCCGUGUUCACCGUGGGCGACAACGUCGUCUCCGGCAGUGACGACCGCACCGUGAAGGUCUGGGACCUGAAGAACAUGAGGUCCCCCAUCGCCACCAUUCGCACGGACUCCGCCAUCAACAGGAUCACCGUUUGCGUUGGCCAGAGAAUCAUUGCCCUCCCGCACGACAACCGCCAGGUGAGGUUGUUUGACAUGUCGGGCGUGCGGCUGGCGAGGCUCCCUCGCAGCAGCCGGCAGGCCAUUACCAGCUCAUCCAGAACUUUGGAACGAGGCACAGUUGAAUUCAGAUGGCCAGCUGGCUGGUUUCCACCAGCAGGUCCGUGUGAGAUGCUCUCAGCAAGCGCCAUCGCUCACAAGGAGGCACCGCUUUCUCCCAGCCUGCUCCUCAGAGCGGUCACGACCCUGGCGGCUGGCCUGGGCGGUCAGCACGGACUGUUCCUGAGUCUGAGAGGGAAUAUUCCCUCAGUGGGCAGGGCGGGUGGAGGGCCCCUGCGGGAGGGUGCCCUGGGCUCCGGGGGCAGCGCGGGAGGUAAACUUGGCCCUCUGUGCGCAGAGGGGCAGCCUCGGCCUGGGUGGCCCGCGGGCACGGACCUCGGCUCAGCUUCUGCAGCUGGGACCCCAGGGGUGCGGAGACGCCUCAUGGAAAGGGACUGCCGGGCCCCGUUCCCCUCUCCCCCGGGGCGUUGCCAGGGGCGCGCCCGGGGACGGCUUUGGGGCUGCGGGUCAUCUGCUCUGUCACCGAGUGUGACCCAUCUCUGUUUCUUCCGUGUCCCCGUGGGAAGAGACGCCUCGGUCCCUGGGCUCAAGCAUACGCGACACCCUUCCUGCAGCGGGAGGCCCGCGGGGCGUUACCUUGGGUCAUGACGAUCCCUGCCAGCGCCUUGUGGCGGGCGUGCGCCGACGCCAGGCCCACAGUCAGCUCGCGGAACUUCUGCGUGACCAGCUGGGACACCGAGUCGGCGAAUUCCUGAAAGACACAAGCAGCAGGCGUCCUAGGCGCUGCGGGCCAACACGGAGUCCUGCCUCCUGCAGCCAGGUCCCCACGGGCGUCCGAGGUCACCCUGCCACGCACUGCCCCUGGGCGCGGUGGCCCCUGGGCCUCAGACCCGUGACUCAGCCCCUGUGUAGCUGGGCGCAGCACUGGAGCCCUUGGAGUCUCGGCGGUGGAGUCACCCCGCCUGGCAGAGCUUCCCCGCAGGGGCUCCCUGGGUUAGAUCUUGAGAGGAGCCGGGCUUGGCACCCCAGACAGCCGUGCCCACGCAUCCCCGGCUCCGCCCAGCCUGCUCCUGCCACGCUUCUGCACACGUGCACGUGUGCACACAUGUGCAGGCAGACACGCAGCACACACCCAUGCACACGUGUGCACAAAGACACAGGGACACGUGCACAUAGAAACACAGUAACAGACAUGUGCAUGAGUGUGUACACGCACACGCACAUACAGAAAUGCACGCGGCCACAGUGUGCACACCUGGGAGAACAUACACUCGCAUGCACAUACACGCAUUCAGACAACACAACCACACAUGCAUGCGCACACACACGGACACCUGCACAUGUGCACACACAUAGCCACCAAACUGAUCUAACGCCGGCUGCUGAGUUUUCUGCGGUGACCCAGGGUUUCCAGGCAGCGGCACGCGGCGGACGGGGGACGCGUCUCCAGAGAGCGGGGCCGCCCUCCCUUCCACCUGGCCCCUCAGUUGACACCUGCUUUCCAGCGGGAGGUGGGCUGGCGGCAGGGGCCUUCCUGGGCCCUGGAGUCAGCCCCGGGCCUGCGUCUGCGGGGGCCCGUUUCCUAGUCCCCGGCCGCGCUGUUGCAAGGACGAGAUUUCAUGCGCUCACACACCUCGCGCUGCGUCAGGGCCCAGACACCGAGCCCCUUCCUUCAUUGCUGGUGUUACUAUGAUCUUUUCUCCUUCAGCCAAAUCAAAACGCCACUUCUCCAUAAGGUGGGCACGUGGCUCUCUGGUGACGGAUGGGUUUUCACUGUCCUGCGCGGCACGGUUGGACGUUGCGCUGCAGAAAGGACCGUUCUCAGAUAACCGAAGGUGCGGAAGAGGCAUGCAGAGACGGUUUUGAAAACCCCACUUGUAGGCGGUAAAGGAAACUCAUGUGAAAACAGGCCUGCCUCUUGGACGCUAGAAACCUGCCCAGAAAACAGCAGAGGGCGGGUGGGGCGGGAGUGCCGGGUCCUCGCCCUGAGCUGCUGCAGCUUGAGCGGAACCCCCACGGCUGCCUUCAGGACCGGCUGGAGGGAGGGGGCCCGCGCAGGGGCUGGGGGCGUGUGUGUCCUGGGGUCUCCUUGAAUCCGCUCCCAGAGCCCAGGCUGCUGGGCAAGACACCCACCUUGACUGGCGGCCACAGAUCGUGGGGCUUUAGGGACAAGUCCUGGAGGACUUCCUGUCCUUUCGUGACUUGGAAACUGAGGUCCAGAGGGGGCAGGUUAUGUCCCCAGGCAGCUGUGUGAUGUCCCCAGGCACCCGUGUGCCAUGUCCCCAGGCAGCUGUGUGAUGUCCCUACACGUGACUUAGAACAGCAUGAACCCACCCUCCUCCAGCCCUGGAGCCCAGCGCCUCAGGUCAAGGGGCCCCAGGGCCACGCCCUCUGGCAGCUCCAGGGGAGGCUCCUUCCUGUCUCUCCCGCUCCUGGGGGCUCCAGGCGCCUGGGCUGGUGGUCACCUCCCUCCAGUCUCUGCCCCCAUCUCCACGUGACUCCUCUGUGUCUCCUCUUCUGUCCUGUGGUGUGUGUCCACCACCCAGGAUGGCUGCCUGCUCCCCUGGGGCCCUUGGAGGCCCCAGGAGCACCGCCUGGAUCAGACUCUGGGCCUGUCUUCCAAGGACCAGCAACAACGGCAUGCGGGGCCCAUGUGGGUCCAGCCGCGAUGCUGGGAAGCAGGGCUCUGCGCUGGGGAGCGAGGACCCCCAUCCAGGCGGAGGAUCAGGGCGCUUCUGCAGGUCAGCCUGGGACUCAAACGGCGUCCCCCUCCUGCAGGGCGGCCCCGGCAUCUGCGGGCUGCACCACUGGUGGCUCUGGAAUUAGCUUCUGGGGCCUCGUGCCGCCUCCCGUGCCCAGCACGUCCAGGGCUUCGCGGCCGGCCUUGCACCCUUCGCUUCUCCGGGAACUUUCCAGGUGCUUCCUCUGCACCUUCUGCCAUCUUCCUGAACGUGCAGGCUGUGAUGAGACAGCAGGCUGCUGCGCCCGGGGCCCUGCAGGACGUCCCAAACCUUUGAACCGCCACAGAAAACACGAAACCCAGAAGCCAGCGACUCCCUCCGAGAUGGGGCAGGACUCUGCUGGAGCCAUCCACGCGGCCCGCCCCACCGGUGGGGAGGUGCUGGUGCCCCUCACUGUAGACGGCAGGGCGGGGACGGGACUCAGGUCUCCCCCGAGGCCACACCCUGGCUUCCUUGGUGGUUUUCCUUCCCCAGUUGCGCCGGAGUUUCUGACUUUAACCCUGACCCAAUCUGGGGGUUGCUGCCACAUCGCCCUGAACGGGGGCUUGCACCACAGACCUUUGUUUCUCACAGGCGUGGCGCUCACGGCCCAGGAGGGUGGGCUUCUCCCGAGGCCCCCCAGCUGAGCCCACCCCUCUUCAGGCUGUGGAGCCCGCGCCAGGCUUCCCGCAAGGCCAGCCUUCCCUUCCUGACCGAACUGAGCCUGAAUCCCUUCCUCCUGCUGCGGCCGCAGGGGUUAGAGAUCAACGCAGGAAUCUGGGGACAUGGGAAAGAGCGCCCUCCUCUCCUCCCUCACCCCUGAAGGAUGCCCAGGCUCCCCGGAGGCCGCCAGGGUCCAGGGACCGCCUCAGACAGCCGUGGGCUUCUAUCGGAAGUGAGGCCCUGACUUUGGAGGGUGCGGGUCACAGCGACGGCAUCACUUCCCCUGAGCCACAGAAGGGAGGAGUCAUCAGAAAGAGGCAAAUAAAACGUGACAGUCAAGAGAAGCAAGUUGUGCACAGAGCCAGCUGCUGUGUCAGGAGCAGCAGGUGGGCGCCGGGAUGUGUGGUGGGGCUGGGCCACCGGCGGCCUCUAACCUGUGUGCCGGCUUUGGGGCGGGCCCCUGUGAAGGCGGCAGGGGCCAGCCCUCUGCACAGCUCCACCUGCCAGGUAAAGACCUUCCUCGCAGGUAAAUCGCCUUCCUGGGGCUCGGCUCCAGGAGUGCUGGGUCUCUGGUUACCCAUGGUUUGUGGACUGACCGUGAGCAGGUGCCAGCGUGGGGCCCGUGGCGAGGACAGGCCUCUCGGCCUCGGCAGCUCUGAGUGGUUCUCGGACCCCCAGCCUGGCCAGGCACCUGCCGCCCCUCGCUUCUGAACACGCAAAGACCCAAGACCCAAGACCUUUGUCAAAACAUCCCUCUCCUAGAGUCUUCUUUCCUUCCGUCAUUUUUACGGGUCCUUGACAUUUUCGUUGGGGGUAGUUCUCAAUUUCAUGGUGUCCCUCCCUGGCCCCGCUUUGAAGACUUGCCCGGGGUCUUCCCAGGGAGGAGUUUAUGGAAAGUUUAUAUGUUGAACUAUGACCCUUAGUUUUCCUGGGUUGAAAAGUUGAAGGAAGCGAAUGUGAAUAAAUAACCACCUCCAUUAGGAGAAGAGCCUCUGGCGCAGCGGCGGGAGGUAUCUCCUGGCGCCUGCUGGGGUCUCUGAGGACUGAACCCUUGGGGCUUUGGGAAUGGCUGGAGAAACACAGCCUGGGGGCUGUCCCUGUUCCCCCACAAACCGCCCCCCGUCUGCUGGCCACCGAUCUCAGCGAUGGGUUUUAAUUGAAUCACACGCGACUGCAGCUGAAUGUCACCUUUCGUGGUGUGACCGUGUCCCGAUGACGGGGAACGUCAGAAGCCAGGGCAGAAACUUGGAAUUCGCGUUGGGGAGGAAUCCGUGCCUCUGAUUGAGCACUGGGGCUUUCCGCGUGUUUUAAUCACUUGGGGUUUAACAUAUACAGUCAGCUUUGUUUACUGCAAACCCAGCUGCUUAGACCCUGAAGUAGUUUGAUCUUGCCCCUCCCAGCGCUUGGUUUACGGCAGACAUGGCUAAAAUGAUCAAAAUCAAGUUUGUGUUGGGAAUUACUUCCAUCGGUUCAAAUUCCAGGGCGUGUCCGUGGCUGUGUGGAGCGCGGUCUGUCUCCUCGGCUGGCUCCAUGCGUCCGAACUACCAGAAACUUCUUAAAGUGUGCUUGUCCCGCGCACGGCCGAGCGGCCUGCAUCCCUGCUUCUGGGUUUCCUUCCUGAGACCCUCUGGACGGUGAGUUCGCAGAGCCUUGCCGUGCGUCCUGGGGAGCCCGUCCCUCAUUGGCACCUCGCUCAGGCCGGUGUCCGGCUGCCAUCUCCUGACCGCCCAGUCCAGCAUCUGGGACGAGGAGGCCUUUUUCCAAGUGCAAGUCCAGCCCCACAGCGGCUGCCCUGCACCCUGCAGAGGCUGCACCUCAUGUGCACCUGCGCGCCACGCCACUGCCCCCACCCGCUGAGGUCUUGCUGGGCCGAGGCGAUCCUGGGACCUGGGAUCAGUCCCGCCUUACAGCCGCACAGCCUGAGGCUCAGAGGGUCGGGGAACUUGGCCUCCUGGUAAAGCCUGAAGCCUCUGCACCCACAGCUCCGCUGCUCCACUGAGGGCCGGUUCCCUAAACCUCACAAGCACCCAGAUCCAGUUCCCUGGCCUCUGAGAUUAAGUUCAGCUUGGGGUGGCUUCUCCGCUGGCAGGUGGGCAGCCCCGCGGUAAGCCUGGGGGAGACCCAAGCAGGUGGCUGAGACCCCGGGCCAGCCCCUUGGGGCCCAUCAGGGGCUCUGAGCAGGGAUGGGGGACACCUCCGACUCCAAGGGCAGGUCUGGCAGAAUGUGGGGAUCCCUGUGACGUAGCGAAGCAGUGGGGCCAGGUGGGGGGACUCGGGCUCAGGAACAAGCCCACCAGCUGUCAGGAUGUGCCCCGGCCUGUCACUCCCUCCUCAUCCGACCCCGGAAGGGUCACCGAGACGGUGCUCCUGCCUCAGGAUGGAGGCUGUGGGGACCAGGGAGGCGGGGCAGAGGAGUGCCGGCUGAGCCCCGUCGGUGCCCAAGGGCCACCUGGCGCUCGAGAGGGAAGGUGCUGUGGGGAAGGGGGUCCUACAGACCCCCCCACCCCCCACCGUGUGUGUGGUCCAUUCUCAGGGGCAAGCAGGCUGUUCUGGUGGCCCCUCCUGACGGGGCAUCUGGCCAGCAGGACAACAGGCAGGGAGGGUCUGGGGGGCAGUAGGGGAUGCCACAGCUCUGCACAGAGAGGUUCUAAAGACCCCCCCACCCCCCAAUCCCAAAUGACUAGCUGAAGUGUCAUUUGCAACAUAAAUUCUUGCUUAAGUACAAAGAGGACAGAUACCCACUGACUUGUUAUCGCUGGUGACUGGGGGACCCCUGGGAGCAGGAGGGGUUACUGUAGCUGUCACAAGCCUGCCUGGGCCCCGCUGGGCACCCACGCCCUACAUGGGAGUGGGUGGGACCUGCUCAAGGCCCCUCCCAGAGGCCUCACACCCCCCACCGCCUAGGGCUUCCGGACUGGGGGGUGGGGGUGCGGAUCCCAUGGUAAUUCCCUGGCCCUGUGCCCCCGAGGAGCGGCCAUCUGAGAUCUGGUGAUGCGGCUGGGGCACAACUUGGCACAGGCUAGACCCUUGGCCAGAGUGACCAGAGGAGGCUCUGGUGUCUGGGGGAAUGGGAGUGAUAAGCAGGUGCUUCUGCUUCCAAAGGCUAAGUGGGGGCGAGGCCCAUGGCUAAUGAGCUGCGCGGUGCUGUCUUAAUGAAACAGGGACGUAGUGCUACCUCGGCUUGCGCACUUGCGCACGCUGUCUGCACUCGGCCCGCCCGCCCAGCCACCCUGGCACAUUGCCAGCAUUAUUCAAACAGGAAAAACAAACUUUAAAUAGGAACACCAAAAGACUUAAACUUUACUCGUCUCCAACACCAAUAUUUUGCGUGGCCUAGGGACACAGAAUGUGUUCAGAUUGGCGGUCGUGGUCCUCAGGGGUGAAACUGACAUUCAGCCAAAGGGGAAGGAUAUUAAAAUCGCAGAUGAUGAAGGAGAGAGGCAUCAGUAAAUAUUUUCCUGCUGAAAUCCCAUCUUGGGGUUUAAGAUGCUGAAACGUCGGAAAUGUUAGAUUUGCAUAUGGGCGGGGCAAGGCGGCGCCAGCCAAUACCGACACGUCGCUGUGCAGGCCCACCUUGUCCUCCACGCUGGGCGUGCGGGGGCGCGGAGGGAGGCCACGUGCCUCCUCCCGAACAGCACUGCGGACCUGUGCCCCCGACCCCACCCCGCGUCGACAGCCCGCGCGGCCAGAAUUGGGAAGGAGAAACGCUGCCAGAAGCUGCCAGAAUCGUCCUCCAACAGCAGAGGGCAGGCCACGCCCCGAGGACCCUGUAAAUGGGCUGCAAUCUUGCCCGAAGGUGGUCUCAGCAUUCCCCCCUGAGUCCGAGAAAAAGGCUCGCCUCUGGGUCUUGGUAAUGACGCCUGUUUGCGGACACGGCCGUAAAGCCUCACUAGUCUCAAAGUCAGAGACAGGGAGCACCAGCGCCCAAGUCGUAAUUCAGAUUACCUGACUAUCCAGUUUUUCUCUAUGUCAGAUUGCUGAGAGGCCCAUAAAGAGCUGAAGGAAGCAUGAAGGAGAAGAGCCCUCACUACCCUUCCCAUGGCAUCGCGGAAGAAGUCCUAGACUUGCAGUCAGAGGACCGGGCUUGGGUCCCUCCACCAACUUCUCGGAAUCGGAAUCCUACCGCCCCGCCAGCAAUUACUGCUGAACCCUCGGUCUUCCCGAGAAAAGAGGCAUCAUAGGAAUUAGCCCUGAAGUCCGCGUUCCAGUUCCCAGCUUGGAGGCCAAGCCUGCAGCCCCAUGACUUUUCAGAGGAUGCAUCUCCUUCCAUGUCACCAGAAGCAGGUGGCCAAUGGGUGCAGACUAGGCAAGAGAGGCCCUCCCUCCAGGCGCCGUGACCGGCAGGUGCAGCUUGACUGCCUCCUGUGUUGUCCCCACUCUAUUGCUCCUGCUGGAAGUGCCGAGCCAGGAGGGCUGCAUUCCCGCAGUUGGCGCUUUCCAAGGAUGGCUGUGCCAUCAUCGCCACUCCAAGGGCUCUUCUCCCCAGGGACCUCCGCUCGGUGACCUUGUCCUGUCCUUGGAGACUGUCCCAACCCUCAGUGAGGGGGACGGUGCCAGUGGGGGCCACACACUGAGUCAGUGUCUUGGGAUGUCACCUCCUGGGUGCCAGUGGGAGGAGCCCCACGGGAGGCCGCAGUGAGCCCUCUGCCGGGGUCCUGAGCCCCUGGUGCCCUGCGGAGCGUGGGCGCCGCCCCUGUUGAGCCUGCCCACACGGCAGCGUGAGCACGAAGGCAUGGGCGUUUUGUUCCACAGCAACAGCGCCUGACACAGAUGCAGCCAAGAUGCUUCUGGACCACAAGGGCUUUAUCCCACAGGCCCAGAGUCCGGCCUGGCGUGGCUGCGUUACGGCGGCCUGACUCUGAAUGGGAUUCGGGCCGGACUCCCUCCCUCUCCAACUGUGUCGUAGCAGGCGCUUGAGCCUGGCUCCGCUCUGCGCACCAAGCCCUGGCUGACGCUGCUGGUUUUCUGCAGGCCCACGUUUCCCACUUCCCCACACCGCUGCUGCCUCCGCAGGAAGCUGUUUCAAAUGCAGUUUUGAUGCCACCAGGCAGGCGACGGAUGUCUGUUAGGACAGCAGUUCCUGCGAUGCUUCUCUGUGCUGAGGGGUCUCUCUGGGCUGACCUCGCCCCCCAUGCUGGCCGGGCAGACCCUGAGCACGAGGGGUGUCCCCCGUGGGGUGCCCUUGCAAAGAACCUGGGUCCCUGCUGAACAGUGAGAAACUGGGAGCUGCACGGACUCAGUCUACAGCCGGGGCACAGAGGCCGGGGGUGCUUUGGAUCCAAAGCCAGUCUUGAGGAGGAAGCAGACCGUGCCGGCGUUUCAUGCAGCCCCUUUCAGUGAAAACAUGCUGUUUUCGGUGAGGAGGUGCUCGCCGGUUAAACUGUUUGCUGGAUCUUUCAUCGGCUGCAGAUUUGCUGGUAUUUUUAAUUUGGAAGACAGUCCCUUUAGGGCAGUGCACUUGAGCACUAACAAGUGUUUGGAGCUGGGCGGACCCGCCCUGCAGCGACCCGGCCUGUCCACACUGCUUUCUGAUCUCGGCCCUCCAGGUUUCUUCCCGGCCACCGUGUUCUGGGGUCAUUGCCAGCAUCUCGCUCAUGAGCCCGAGGGCCAGCGCCCUGCCUGUCAUCUUGGCAACGGCAGUGUCCACCCAUCCACACGCACAAGCACACACGCGUACAUGCACAGACGCACAGGCACAGCACACCCCAGUCAAGUGUGGGUUUGCCUCUGGGGGCUCAGGCGCACCCCCCAGGCGGGCAGGAGUGGAGUGGAGCCGAGCCUGUCAGAGCCCUGCUGGGGCAACGCGCCGCGUCCAGAGCAGCCUGGGGAGCAGCCGAGUGGAGACUGUUUCUCAAGCGUUUCUACUUUUAUUUCGUCUCUGAAACUGUCCCUUGGGGAAAGGAAUCAAUCAAAAUUUAUUGAGCAAGACACUAAUAAAAUACCGAGUGGAAUCAGACAGGGUCCUAGAUGGAGCGCCUGUACCACGAAACACCGAGUGACAGUCGGCCGAGGACGUCCCGCCAGGGCUGGAGCCUGCCAGGUGCUCGCUGCCAGGGAAGCCCGUUGCCCUUGAGCUGCGUGGUCAUCCCACCUGUUCACGGAUGAGCAAGCUGAGGUGGAGGCAUAUACCUCCCUGCAGGGCACAGGGUGGCUGUGGGUCCAGAGCUCACGUGGUCUGGCUGGACCCCAGGCAGGCGUGAGCUUGGUGUGGUCGGAGGCCAGGUGGGGGUUGGAGUGCUGCCCCUUAUGCUAGUUUGGGUCUUACCGCUGCCUUCAGUCACAAGGUGACCGUGGCGACUGGGGGGCGGUGAGCUGCCUGGGGGGUGGCAUCCGAGUCCACAGGCCCAGAGGCGGAUGCUCUGAAUCGGUGGUGAGGCCGGGGCGCAGCUGUUGUCACACACGGCACAGUUUGCCAACCUUGGGACAAGGAGGCCCUUUCUCAACAAACGGCACUGGCUCCCCGAGCUGUUGGCAGCAAGCCUGUCUUUGGGGCUUUCGCGCUCCUCUCUGCUCUGUCCCGUUUUCACGGGAGUCCUGUUGGGUCGGUUUCGCCAGAACCCCCUGCCCACCGGACGUCUGCUCUGAGUGACUCUCCACCGCCGACCCACCCGGCCCCAGGCGUGCGGAUUGGGCUGCGUCUCUCUCUGCAGAUCCAGCACCAUCUUCCUUUCCGUGAACGAAAUCUUGCUUUCUGUGCUGUGGGGACGUCUGAGAACCAGAGAGGGUCUGAAACAAGCACUGGGCGGUGGGCGGUGGGCGGUGGGGGUAGGGGUGGGGGAGGACGCUGAGCUGGGAUCGACUGGGCAGCGGCUCCGCCCGCCUCUCGUGGGGCCAGGACGCCAGAGAGACUGACAUGGCAAGUGCUGAGCUGAGGGUGUGGCGGGACGUUAGCCUGUCUGUCUUGUCAUCUCCAUCUGCGGCCUCCAUGUGUCCCAGUGGCCCCAAGCGGCCCUACACAGCCAGCUGCCUGCUCCAGGCUGGGCCCCUUCUCUCUCUGUCUGUGGUCUACACCGGCCUCGCCUCACAGGGUGCUACUGCGAGGCCCCCACGGAACUCCGCCCCUAGGAAGACCCCCGCCCUUGCUCCUGCCUCUGAACAGGCUGAGACCAGCUGAGACUGCCUCAGAGCCGAGCAGCGAGGUUCCCUCCAAUCUCACCCCCCUGGCUGGGGUGGGAGGGGCGGUCCCAGCUGUGGGUCAUUUGCUGAACAGAAGAAGGUUUGUCUGUGGACCGGAAGGUCUCUCCAUAUGUGUGAUGGCAUCGAUCUGGAUUUGCACAGACAGGGCUGGGGGCUGGUCUUCCUUGUAAAUUCCAACUUUAUGCAUACAAAUAAUCUGGUAUGUUGGCUCUAAAAUUCUACAUGAUUAGUUACGUUAAAGAAACAGGGGAAAUGAAGAAAAGCGGGGGGCACAGUUGUACGAGGGGCUCGUGCUGUGCUGGUGACAAAGGUUCAGCUGUGUUAGGAGGCGACCUAACCCCGCCCCGACAAAGAGAUUCCGUCCUCUGCUUUCUGCUCCUUAUUUUGUGGUGUAGCCCUGCCGUCUGGCUCACAAGCACCUCCCAUGAGAGUGAGUACAGGCCAAAGGGCUUGACCUUCAGUGGGUCACUAUGAGCGUGGCAGGUGGUUCCCCUUUCUUGGCAGGUAAGAAGGGGGAUGAUUCCAGCAACAGCAGUGACCCUGGGCGGUUCCCUAGGAGCCAGGUGGCGACAGGUACGCCCACCUGCCCAAGGCAAGCUGGCUGAGCAGCGGCAGGUUUGGAGUUCCCAUCCGGAUGUUUGGAUUGUAGCACCAACAUCUGGGCUCUUGACCACGUCAGAAGUGGCUUUCAGGGAUUUUUUUGUAAUUGAGGGUUUUAGAAAAGCCCAAGAUAAGAGAUCCCACGUUCGUUAUUGAAUAAUUGAGAGCCAAGGGUUGUGUACACAGAUAUCUGCAUGUCUGCAUAUUGAUGUACAUUUGGACUUACUCGCAAUUACCUAGAUUGUUAGAGGUCCACACACUUAUUUAAAAAUAUUAACCGUAAUUACUGCUUUAACAAUUAACUUCAAAUUGGAAUUCAAUAAAAAUGUAGAAAAUAAACUAAAACCACACUGGAAAAUGUAGCACUUCUGUUUUUGUUGAACUGGUGCUUUCCGAUGUGCUCAGGAAGAUAUUUUGCAUCUGGGCUUAAUUAGAAUCUUUAAAUUCUCAUUAGUGCACUAAUAUGAGGAUGCUAACAGAUGAGGCCCUCUGUUUGGGGUUGAUUCAUGGUUGUUUGAGUUCAUCUGGAUUUAAAAAGAUGUAAACAAGAAGAAUUACUGCAGCGCAUCAAGAGGAAAAGAAUCUCAAUAGGAGAAGUAGUUGUUCCACAAAGGAAGUAAUAUUUACUUUCUUAGCCUCUGUUAAAUUCAAGAAGAGUUUUUUAGCCAUUGCCUCAAUAAUAAGGAACUAACACUGUUUUAUGAAGUUCCCAGUAAUGUCAAUGUCACAUUCAUUUCCAGAUGCCAUAAAGGAUGAACUCUCAGACCCCUCUGUCUCAAGACUGGCCCCAAAUUUGCUUCUUUGCCCUGAAAAUAGGUCCCAUAGAGGAGACAGAAAGUAGAUUAAAAUUGCUGAAUAGUUCCAAACAGUACAUCUGCAGCACUCACUAAAGCAGAGCCAGGCCAUCACUGUCAUUUCUUCACGCUCAUGGAGACCCAAGGCCAGAGAGAUCCAGCACUCCUUUGUACUUGUACCUGACAAACAGGAGAGAGAUAGCUUGGAAAGUGCCCAUUCUUCCAGCCGAGCUUCCAUGGUCAGCAAGUCAUUGUCUCCAGACCUGGCCUCAGUGCCACAGUGCAUGCAUCUAGGACCUGAACCUGGUGCUGUCACGCUCCUAGAACCAGUGCCUAAUCCAGGGCCACCCCACAACCCUGUGCCUACCAGCAAACAAAGGUCUUUUGGUGCUGAAGCCAGUCCUUAAAGUCUGGAGGAGGGGACUGUCCCUUCAAUGCAGAGGCCAAUGCAAGGCCACAAGGAAUAUUAAAAAUCACAGAAACAUGACACCACCAAAGGAACACAAAACCUUUCUAGCAAACAACCCUGAAGAGUUGGAGAUCAAUGAAUUUCCUGACAAAGACUUCAAAGUAAUUGCUUUCAAAGAAGCUCAGUGAACUACAAGAGAAUACAGACAACUCCACAAAAUCAGGAAAACAAAUCAUGAACAAAACGAGGAGCUUAACAAAGAGAUGGAACUCAUAAAAUAGAACCAAACAAACUCUGGAGCUGAAGAAUACAACAAUUGUGGUCAAAAUAAUACAACAGAGAGCUUCACUAGCAGACAUGAUAAGCAGAGGAAAGAACCUGUGAACUCAAAGACAAGUCAGAGGAGAAAAAAGAAAAAAAAAAAAAAAGAAUGAAGAAGGUGGGAUUUAUGGGACAACAU